UAGCGCCGCCAGUCUCAAGCAGGUGUCCAACAUGGCGAUCACGGGGAGCGGAUCUCUCGCUAUUACUCUCUCUCUUUUCGUGGUUUCAGCGGCGUUUCUUCCGAAAGGAGCUGCUGAAACCCUGACAGUCGAAGGUCAGAACCUGGCGACCGACAACGUGUCGGUGAUCGAGGGGGAACUGGCCACCAUCAGCUGCAGAGUGAAGGACAACGACGACUCCGUCAUCCAGCUGCUCAAUCCCAACAGGCAGACCAUCUACUUCAAAGAUGUUAGACCUCUGAAGGACAGCCGGUUCCAGCUGGUGAAUUUCUCUGACAACGAACUGCGCGUGUCUCUGUCCAAUGUGUCACUCUCCGAUGAAGGACGCUAUGUGUGCCAGCUCUACACAGAUCCUCCUCAGGAAGCCUACGCCGACAUCACUGUCCUGGUCCCGCCAGGCAACCCAAUCAUCGAGAGCCGUGAGGAUGUGGUCAGCGAGGGGAACGAGACGCAGCUCACCUGCAUAGCCAUGGGCAGCAAGCCGGCCGCCUCCAUCAGAUGGAUGAAAGGGGACAAAGAACUGACAGGUGAGACAACAGUUGAGGAGACGUAUGACAGGAUGUUCACCGUCUCAAGCCGUGUCAGAAUUUCUGUCACCAAAGAGGAUGAUGGAGUGCCAGUGGACUGCAUCAUUGAGCACCCAGCUGUAAAGGACCUCCUGGCUCAAAGACACUUGGACGUGCUAUAUAAACCAGAAGUGAAGGUUAUGGUGACAUAUCCUGACGGUUUAACCAGAGAGGGGGACAAUCUAGAUUUGACAUGUAUUGCAGAAGGAAAACCACAUCCCCAUCAGAUCAACUGGCUGAGAGUAGACGAGGAUAUGCCGCCUCACGCCGUGGUCACUGGCUCUGAUCUGUACAUCGAGAACCUUAACAAGUCCUACAAUGGCACCUAUCGCUGCGUGGCAUCCAAUACCGUGGGAGAGGCCUACGACGACUUCACACUCUUUGUAUAUGAUGCUCCCACUACUAUCCCCACACCCACCACCAACCCAGUCAACACGCAAGACUCCAGAGCCGGUGAGGGGGCACCACAGAAAAUUGACCACGCUGUCGUCGGAGGAGUGGUUGCCGUGGUGAUGUUUGCCAUCCUAUGUGCACUCAUUGUUCUUGGUCGAUACUUUGCCAGACACAAAGGAACUUACUUCACACAUGAAGCCAAAGGGGCAGACGAUGCAGCCGAUGCAGACACAGCCAUCAUCAAUGCGGAGGGCGGACACAACAACACGGACGAGAAGAAGGAGUACUUUAUCUAAACUGGACAGGCCAGGAGAGACGGGUGGGGAUGCUGGUGGUGGUGGUGCUGUAGGAGCAUUAUGUCUAACUCUGAUUGGUUCCGCAAAGGCUUGGUGGCGGAGAGGUCGAGAUUUAAAGAGGAAGAAAAGAAAGUGGAAAGUUGGACUGGCACGGCCAAGUGGUAAGAAGAAGCGUUGCUGAGUCUCCUAUCCGACCCUUCCUGGACUGCCGGGGCCUAUUCUGUACAGUUCAAUUAUUUUACAGACAAUUUUGUGCCUUGUUCUAUUUCAUUUCUUUCUUUUGUUGUUUUCCCCCCUUCUCAUGCUUGUUGGAUUGGAUUUCUUUCUUUUUCAAUGUAACCUGAGCCUCUGUUGCAUUUGGCUUCCGGAGAUGAAAUGGGCCUGGUGUCGGUCUAUGUGUGCUGCAGCUUUUAGCUCACGUACCCAGAUCUGAGUCGCCGGCUCAUACACAUUUUCUUUCUUUUUUUUCUGACUCUGUUCGGUAACUGGAACACAGUGUCAACACAUUUCUCCCCACUGGGUCAAAGUCCUACAAUCAUCACAGUUCAGUUUCAACAGACUUCAGCGCAGAUUUCACUCCCCCUCCUUUCGAGGUCAGGUUCACUGUGUUGAUUACUAAUGUAACAGUUGUGAGUAAUCAUGCCCAUCAUAGAACGUAUUUGUUCCUGGAAGUGACGUAGGAGUGCCGUUAAGUAACAUUUCACACCGAACCGAAAAGUAAACUGGUCGCUCGUUGGUUUCAAGAGGACAUCUGACAUUUAGUAGAUGUGAGGUCAGUAUAGUAUUUGUUUAGGGUAUUGUGGAGUACAGUCAGACAUCCUGACAGCUGUAAUGUGCCAUGAUAUAGAGUUCAAGUUACUAUAGAGAAAAUCGGAACCAUUUUCUUUCUCUUUUUCAACUCUGUUUGAUUUUCUAUCUGCUUAUUAAAUGACCCAGCAGUAUAUCAACACUAUCAGAUAACAUUUGCUGUCGUCUGUUUUCUUUUUUUUUUAAGCGUGCACACAUAAGAGAGGUAAUGAUCUUCUCAUUUAACUCUUGGUAAGAAAGUGUCAAACUACUUAAAAACAGCGCCUCUUUCCAGAUGGAGUUUAUUAGCUUUCAUUUGUCUCAAUUAAUUUUUUUUAACAUCCUUUGGAUGGAUGGACCAAAAACAUGGCAGAAAACGGCUAACAAGUACAGAUCCAAAAGGCAGUUACAAUCGCCUGACAAUCACAGAUCUGCGAUUAUAUGGGUUUAAGGCUCAAACUUUACUCUGACCUUGUAGUAACUACUAUAAAAGAGUGACUGUUCCAGAUCAUGAAAUCUCACUCAAAUGUAUUAUUUGUUGGAUAUCGGGUUCAGCCUGCUUUGUUUGGAAAACAAGAAAUUAUUAAAAUGUGUAUAUCACCCACACGGUCGACCCGUGACCAAAUAUAAUAAUUAUGCGAGUGUGCGUAUAAACAGUGAAAAUUACUUGUAUACAGCAAAGGCUAAAUGUCCACCGUGCAGUGUGCACCAUUCUAAUUCUUCAUUUUUGCAUCUAAAAUAAAUACAGUACCGAUUAAUUGAAAAUGUUUUCAGGGCAUUGGUUUUUGUAUUGAGAUGGUACUGUGUUAAAGGGAAGAACAAUUGUUACACUUCAAAUGGCAAAGAUUCCCUUCAGUGAGGUUAAAGGUAUCACGGUAUAUCCACGUGAAUACCCUUAGUAAGUGUGGAGGGGGGGAGGGGGGGGGAGGGGAAUACACCUUUUCACUGCUUAUUUCCUGGCUUAGAAAUCCUUGCGAGAUACACCGUACUUUUUUUGCCCUUGCCCAUAUUUGAGUAUAAAGAAAUUAAAUCACUGCAAACAUGAAUCAGUUAUAUGUCCUUGCUGUCUGUAAAGACAUUUCACCUUCGGGAAGUUUUUGAUAACUUGCAAGUGUUCCCUGCCUAACAAGUUACCAAAGAUGUGUGUCAAUCUUUAGACUGGGUUUGGGGAAAGAUCAUUUUCUUACCGUCAUCCUGCAGGCUCAAACCUUCACACAAGUGCAGUCUACUUUUGCAAGUUAAUUUUUUCACACUUACCAACACAAAUCAGACAGAGACGCAGUGUAUCACAGCUUGAUAAGUAAAAACCUGUUUGGUAAUAAGUGAGUGAUAUCAUUGCAUUGCAAGACAAACAUGUGUAAAUGUACUAUGAAAAAGGAUAACCACUGCCUUAAACCCCCCUCUUGAUACUUAUCAUUGAACAAACCGAAGGACUUUAGUUAGUGCCUUCUUUGAUUUUGAGGCAUAUGGUUAGUAUCUUACAGUAUCCUCACAUACACUCUUACCGUAUAUCUUGUAUAUAGCUGUUCUUUCUAACCUACAGGUCCAAUGCUCAUCCAGGUUGUCUAUUCACGCACCACAGACUUGCAUCACGAUUACAACUUGGAGAAUUAAAGCUGGAACGAGUAAAAUAUCCAAUUUAAAAUAUGUCCUCGUUAAUCAUGGCAGUGUGGCAGCUUCCACUGACUAGAAUGUUGUAUGCCAAGAUAUUUGAUAGUAUUUAUUGUCUUAAUUAGUUAUCGGAAAUCUGUUUCAAUUCGCUCAUUAUUAUUUUCCCCACUUCAUUUGUUAUUUAUUUGGAUAUCUGCAAGGGCAGGGCUCGGUAGUAAAAUCAGAAAGGAACACACUACUAAUAGCUAUAAUAAGCUACUUUAAAAGUACAUUUUAGAGUUUGGUGUCAUGGAAACAGUUAUGUGCAUGGCAUUUUAGUUUGAGGUUUGAUAUUUAUCUUAAAUGGUUAUAAAGUGCUGCGUUUAAUUGAGGAACUUUUAAAAAAUUGUCGGAAGCAUUCUAAUCCAGUAUUUGGAUUUUUUUUUUAAAUACUUGAUAUCUUGUAUGUUUAUUUUCACUCUCUCAGGUUCACGAGUGUUAAUAAUUGUGUUUUUUGCAUCUCAGGUAGAAUGCAAAUUAAAGGCCCCAAAUACAUACUGUAGUACCACAGCUAUUCAAACUGAAGAAAUCACAAGAUGUACAUGUUUUUAUUUAUUUGUACAUGUUUUUGUGCUCUUAAUAAGGUGCACUGUUACAGUAAAUGUUAAAUAUUAAUUUGCAUAGACCUAGUUCACAAAGAAAGAAAACUAGAUUUGUUAAGCAGACAAAAAGUGUGUACAGUCAGUGUCAACAUUGUCACCUGAAACUUCUUCUUCUUCUUCCACCUUAACGCUUUGCUCAUACAGUAUCGGUUAUUUAGUAAUUAUAGGAUGUGACCACAAACAGUCAAUCAAGCAUCUGUUUGCAGUUUGCAGUCGAUUCAUGCAUACAUUUUCAUAGAUGAAAAGAUGGUGUAUUUACUGUGACAUGAAGUUUUAUGAACGAUCUGUAACAUGUGUUGGAUAUUAGGAUGACACUCAUGUUAAAGCCUGGGGAGGGGGGGGGUUGUUUUUAAUACUCCCCAAAAUAGUUGUUUUGUUGUGGCAUCCUAAUUUUCUCUCUGUACCCAGGUGACAUUUUGUUUUCUUUUGUGUAGUGGAGGGGAUGUUUCUCAUAUGGCCAUGCAUAUUUUGUAUUGGUUCACACCAACAUUUUUAGAAAAGAAAAAAAAAAUAAGAAAAGUUCUUGUCUUAAUAAAAAGAUAUCAAUGUUUAAA